ACCUUGCUCAGAAUUUAAAUUUAUUUUACGAAACUGUACAAAAACAACACACACCUCGGCGGCCAUAUUAAAUAUUAUUCUCUUCGAAGUUGUGCAACUUUCGUGAUCAGCGUGUUUCCUCUACGUUUCUGCCCUUUCCUUGUGUCGAGCAACGACUAUAUACGUGACCCAUAUGACGAUUUAUAUGACAGGCUUUACGCCAACAUCGUCUGCUACCCAACACGCGAUAACCGCAUAACCCAUUUAGCGGUUCGCCCAACCCUACAUGAAAUAGCAGUGAUCUCAUGCACGAUAUUCAACGCUUGAGAGGUCCAUCUGGAACAUGGUAGUACCUGUACCACCGUGAGAAUUUUCCUCUAACAUCUGCAUCGAUUGUUCAGGAGAUCUCCGCACGUGCCUGAAGAGUGUAUGUGUGCUCAUCAGCACAAUGUUUGCAUGAGCGUGGAGUGAUAUUUGAAUUUUAAAAAAAAAAGCACAAUCAAUAUGGCAAGCGGAGGUGUGUCCAGAUCAGGCCGGGUCCGAAAAAAGUCUGCGAAAUUGAUGGAAAUGGAGGAUUGGGAUGCCCUCGAUCUCAACGAUGGCCCCACAAAGGGGAAAAAGAAGCCGAAAAUGGAGGAAGGUGACUAUGAACCCGAGCGAAAAGUUGCGCCCAUUAAGAUUUCCAAAGCUGCCACUGUUGCUACAAAGUCCCCCGCGAGUCCCGUGAAAAGGAGGGCCAUGGAUGACAUGAUCCAUCUGAAGAAUCUACAGAAUAUACAAGAGUCGGGGUACCUGAAUGUACCCACGGUACCUAAGGCUACUAUGCAGCCCGCCCCACAUCAGCAAGCUAUGUACACCGGUGCAUCUGUAGAUGAUGAUUCAUCGAGUUCCUCAUCGGAAUCAAGUGAAUCCAGCUCUGAAGAGGAUUCCGAUUCAGAUGACUCUGUGCGGUACGCCCGACCUAUGCAGCGCAUGCCAGUGCAGCAGAAGGCGGCACCUAUAAAAAAAGCACCCUACCACCACAUGGCUCCUCAACCAAAGGCUACGGCUCUGGAUUACGAACCGGACCAUCACAUGAAGAUGACAAUGGGCGCACGACGGCCGCCGCAUCCGGCCUCCCCUAUGCAACGCCACGGCCCAGCCGGCAUGGAUUCUAGUGGUGACAUGAUAAAUGUCGAGGAGAGUGAUGACGAUGAUGAUGAUGACGACGACGAUGAUGAGGACGAUGACGACGAUGAUGAUGACGACGACGAUGACACCAGGGACUCCCACCUAGUGAUAGCGGAAGAACAGCCGAUGAAACGCCCGCCUGGGAAACGUGGGCCGCCCCGCAAGCCAGUCAAGGGGAAGGUGAAGAAAGCGAAUGAUGAUCCGGAGUAUGAGGAGCCAGGUAAAAAGGGAGUGAAGAAGACUGCUGGAGGAAAGACCAAGAAACCAGUCAAGGAGAAAGGGAAGGGUCGUCCCAUGACUGCGUACAUGCUGUGGUGCCAAGAAAGAAGAAAGACCCUAGUGGCCGAACAUCCAGGAAUGGACUUUGCCACGAUAAGCAAGAAACUCGGCGAAGCCUGGCAGAUGUUACCAGACAAGGAGAAAAUUGCCUGGAGACGCAAAGCCAGUGUGCCCAAAAGUAAAGGAUCUACCCUUAUCAGUACUGGGAGACCAGGUACGACAGCACCUGCGGGGCCUCGUGGGACACCCAAGGCCGCCCCGGUCCCGCAGGAGGACUUGAAGACCUCUGCUGGUGCAGUUGAAGGACCAAAAUCUCUCGGUACCGGUCCCAUCGAUGUUGCAGCACAUCUCAAACUACUUGGGGAGUCGCUGAGCACUAUUGGCAGACGUCUUACAGAGCAUGAGGGCCAAAUAGCGGUGUCUGGAAGCUUGUCCGUACUGCUGGAUUCAACGCUCUGUGCUUUGGGACCUCUGUUGUGUUUGACGUCUGUGAGUCGCGAAAUGGAUGGGUGUUCAAAGGAGACCCUGACAAAGAUUCUCAACAACGUGGCUUACGUCAUGCCAGGACUCUAAUCGUGCGCAGGAUAUGUUUGUUGGCUCGCUUGCUUUGCAGUUUUGUAUAGGGAAGCAACACUAGCUGGACGUAGAAGACGACAUUUGCGAUGCUACAGCAGCUCUUGUACUGUUGAGAAUGGUCCGCUUUAUUUGCCGCUUUUGUUGGAGUGUGACUUGCAAGAGUCAACAAAGUUCAACUCACAUUAACGUGCACUUUAAUAAUAAUUUCAUAUUUGCCGCAUGCACUUUUGUGUGCUGACCUGCAAAAUGUCUCCUUUUUGCACACUGUCACCAGUAGUUGUUGCCAGUAUGCAAUAUCUAUUUAUGCUGGGUGAUUAAAAUAAUUGGACCAGCAUUUUCUCGAAAUCGUUGGAUCAAAUGAGUCGCUGCUCUCGUUGUGCAGAAUUGCAACAGCGUUGCCUUUGGGCCUCAGCCAACAUUACCACAGCGACACGGAUUCUGGUUAACGUAGCGAGCUUCAUUGCCACAGUGUGGUUUCUUUGGGCACAUUGCAAGAGUGAACCCUGUCUUUUUAUCAAUGGGAAGUAAAAUGUGCAUAAACAAAUACAAAAUCAAAUAAUUCAGAUUCAGUAUUUGUACGCAAUUUGCCACAAUUGUGGUAUAAAGUUUGGGUACAUGUUCUUGCAUGUCACACCCUGAAAAGUACAAGGUAGUUAGUUAUGUAUCAUGCAAAAAUCUGUUUCACUUCAUCUUUAUCUGGGUUUUUGUACAUACCUAUGCUCAUUGUGCGUGCUAAAUUGUGAUUGCUCGCUUGUUCGUUGUAUUAUAAAUUCAUAAUCAUCCCAAGUAAAAAAAAUUCACUUGGCAUCAUCCAUUAAGAUUACAAACAUCAACAAUGUGAAGUGCACUUUUAAAAAAUAGCAUUAAACCAUUACUCAUGA